AGAGGUUGGUUGUCAAUUUAAAUGGAAUAAUAAUGAGGUUAUAUCUCUUGCUCUUGCGGUAAUUCUUUUCAGCAUAAUCCUUAUCGAUUAGUUGUGACAUUCAGCCUUGUCUAAUUUUAGCGGCCAAGGGCAUUGAUCUCAUUCCCAUCGUCAAAACCCUCCUUGAUCUCUUAGAACUUGUUGCUAAAAUAUCAAAUCUCCCUUGCCAAAAUGAUUGCUAUAGGACUGGAAGGUAGUGCUAACAAAUUGGGCGUUGGUGUCAUAUCACAUCCCUCCAAAGGCAAACCAGCUAAAAUUCUUUCCAACAUUCGACAUACCUUUGUCUCGCCUCCAGGUGAAGGCUUUCUACCGAAAGAUACUGCGAAGCAUCAUCGAUCAUGGGUUGUAAAACUUGUGAAACAAGCUAUGGCACAAGCUGGAGUGAAGGUCUCCGAUAUCGACUGCAUAUGUUAUACAAAGGGCCCUGGCAUGGGUGCGCCUCUACAAAGUGUGGCCAUCGCAGCGCGAAUGCUUUCGCUGCUAUGGGGUAAAGAGUUGGUAGGGGUAAAUCAUUGUGUCGGACACAUAGAAAUGGGUCGAGAGAUUACUGGGGCACAGAAUCCGGUCGUUCUAUAUGUCAGUGGAGGAAAUACCCAAGUGAUUGCAUAUGCAGAACAACGCUAUCGGAUUUUCGGAGAAGCGCUAGAUAUUGCAGUUGGUAACUGUUUGGAUCGUUUUGCAAGGACCUUGGAGAUCAGUAACGACCCCGCGCCGGGAUACAAUAUUGAACAAUUAGCAAAGAAGGGAAAAGUGCUAUUAGAUUUGCCAUAUGCGGUAAAAGGAAUGGACUGCUCAUUUUCCGGAAUCUUAGCAAGCAUCGAUAUUCUCGCUGCGGAGCUGAAGGAGAAUCCAGAGCAAAAAGACCCUAUUACGGGAGAAGUUAUUACCACGGCAGAUUUAUGUUUCAGCCUGCAGGAAACUGUCUUCGCGAUGCUGGUAGAAAUCACAGAACGAGCUAUGGCUCAUGUAGGAAGCAACCAAGUCCUUAUCGUGGGAGGCGUAGGUUGUAAUGAGAGAUUACAAGAAAUGAUGGGAUUGAUGGCAAGGGAUAGGGCAGGAAGCGUCUUUGCAACUGAUGAACGCUUCUGCAUUGAUAAUGGUAUAAUGAUAGCACAGGCUGGACUUCUGGCGUACGAAACCGGUUUCAGGACUCCUUUAGAAGAGAGUACAUGUACUCAGAGGUUCAGAACGGAUCAAGUUUUCGUCAAAUGGAGGGAAUGAACAGUCCAUCAAGUCCUCAAAUAUUGUCACUCGAAGAGAUCUUGGCAUGGUGUUCAGCAGGCUUAAAGAGCGCCGAUCCUACUAUUAAAACCCAUCAUCGGAGUCAUCAUCUUCCUCAAUUAUGGUUUGCGCCAAUAACCCAUGUUCGUCCUUCUUUCUACCUCCAUCCU